GCAAAGCUUUUCCUGCGCCCAGCCCUGUGUCUUCACAGCUCUGUCUCUACACACUAACCACAUUUCUUCUUCCUUCCUCUUCUUCUUCUUCUUCAUUUAAUUCCCCAUUUUUCAGAGCUAGGGUUUGGAGGUGUGGAUUCACACUUUUCAGCUUUUCCCCACCUGUCUCCGAUACCGCCCUAUAACUUCUCUUACAAAUUUCUGUAAAAAAAAUUACACCCAAUUCUUAUUUUUGCAUUUAUUUAUAGAUUUAGAUCAUCAAUUUGUUGUAGCAUUUUUUUGGUAAUUAGUUUUCUGUUUAUAAAAUUGAGUGAUGGAUAAGAAGAGGAUUGCGGUUCCACUUGUUUGCCAUGGCCAUUCUCGCCCCGUUGUUGAUCUUUUCUAUAGCCCUAUCACUCCCGACGGUUACUUUCUCAUCAGUGCUAGCAAGGAUUCUAGUCCCAUGCUAAGAAAUGGAGAGACUGGUGAUUGGAUUGGAACUUUCGAGGGACAUAAAGGUGCAGUCUGGAGUUGCUGUUUGGAUACCAAUGGUUUACGUGCUGCUUCUGGUUCUGCCGAUUUUACUGCGAAAGUGUGGGAUGCAUUAACAGGGGACGUGUUGCACUCAUUUGAACACAAACACAUAGUUCGUGCUUGUGCAUUUUCAGAGGAUACUCAUCUUCUACUCACCGGGGGAGUAGAGAAAGUCCUCCGCAUUUUUGAUUUGAAUCGACCAGAUGCGCCUCCAAGAGAGGUUGACAAAUCUCCUGGUUCAAUCCGAACUGUUGCAUGGCUUCAUAGUGAUCAAACAAUACUAAGUUCUUGCACUGACAUAGGGGGUGUGAGACUAUGGGAUGUUAGAAGUGGCGAGAUAGUGCAAACCCUCGAGACCAAAUCAUCUGUGACUAGUGCUGAAGUGAGUCAAGAUGGUCGAUAUAUAACGACUUGUGAUGGUUCUACAGUCAAAUUUUGGGAUGCAAACCAUUUUGGACUAGUGAAGAGCUACGACAUGCCUUGUACAAUAGAAUCAGCCUCACUGGAACCUAAGUAUGGGAACAAGUUCAUUGCUGGAGGGGAAGAUAUGUGGGUUCAUGUAUUUGAUUUCCACACCGGCAGCGAGAUAGCAUGCAAUAAGGGUCACCAUGGUCCUGUGCACUGUGUGCGUUUUGCACCAGGAGGGGAAUCAUACGCCUCAGGAUCUGAAGAUGGAACUAUCAGAAUAUGGCAGACAGGCCCUUUGAUUCAUGACGACUCUGAAGGGCACGCAGCAAAUGGCACGGUUGAAAAGGUGAAGGUUGGAUCGCUCGAAAAGCUGAAGGUUGGAUCGCUUGAAAAAGUGAAGGUAACAGCAGAAGAAGUCGCACGUAAGAUCGAGGGCUUCCAUGUUGCAGACGAUAGGAAGAGCAAAGACAAGGAAGAACCCGUGAAGGAAUGAUAUGGCAGCACCGGCUGAGUAUCUAUUUUGGUGGUUUUCUUAUUUUGGGGUUAUGAAAUGAUGCUGAGGUAUAGAGUUUGCCUUAUUAUAAAUAGUUAAUGAUGCAUUGAAUAGAUAGGGUGGACCAUAUAUGUUUUGCAUUAGACUCUGCCUUUAAAGUUGUCCCACAAAAGCAUGUCUUAUAUCUUCAUGUUGACAGUGAAAAUCUGUAAACAUAUUAUAACUUCCAUUUGUAGGUUGUGAAGAACUAGUUCUGAGAUAUAUGCUCUCUGAUAAUCAAAACAUGUCCUCAACUUCCUUACUUCUAAGCAAA